ACAUAAACAUGCAAUCCAAACGACCGCGUUUGAUUCGCAGCUUUGCGCUUGUGGUAUCUCUCGCGAUCGCCUGGUUGCCGCAUGCUGAUCACGCUGCUGGAGCUGGUGGAGGCGGCAUGUUUGGUGACGUCAACAUCUCGGCGAUUCUUGACUCAUUGAGCGUAAGCUAUGAUAAGCGAGUGAGGCCCAAUUAUGGAGGACCGCCCGUGGAUGUUGGAGUCACCAUGUACGUGCUAUCCAUCAGCUCCUUAUCUGAAGUGAAAAUGGAUUUCACACUGGACUUCUACUUUAGACAAUUUUGGACUGAUCCAAGGCUUGCUUAUAAAAAACGACCUGGCGUUGAAACUCUCUCAGUUGGAUCCGAAUUUAUUCGAAAUAUAUGGGUGCCUGAUACCUUCUUCGUUAACGAGAAGCAGUCUUACUUCCAUAUCGCCACAACAAGCAACGAAUUUAUUCGGAUUCAUCAUUCUGGAUCUAUCACCCGAAGUAUUAGGUUAACUAUCACCGCUUCUUGUCCAAUGGAUUUACAAUAUUUCCCAAUGGAUCGCCAACUAUGCAACAUAGAAAUUGAAAGCUUUGGCUACACCAUGCGGGACAUCCGAUAUAAGUGGAACGAAGGACCCAACUCAGUGGGUGUUUCGAGCGAGGUAUCCCUACCGCAGUUCAAGGUGCUCGGCCAUCGCCAACGUGCUAUGGAGAUCUCGCUAACAACAGGAAAUUAUUCUCGUCUGGCGUGUGAAAUUCAAUUCGUGAGAUCAAUGGGAUACUAUCUUAUACAGAUUUAUAUUCCAUCUGGUCUCAUCGUAAUUAUAUCUUGGGUCUCAUUUUGGUUGAAUCGAAAUGCAACACCAGCUAGGGUUUCCCUUGGAGUCACCACUGUCCUUACUAUGACCACGCUUAUGUCUUCAACUAAUGCAGCUUUACCGAAAAUUUCUUACGUCAAGUCGAUUGAUGUUUACCUGGGCACCUGCUUCGUUAUGGUCUUCGCAAGUUUACUAGAAUAUGCGACCGUCGGCUACAUGGCGAAAAGGAUUCAGAUGAGAAAACAACGAUUCAAUGCUGUCCAGAAAAUGGCCGCUGAGAAAAAAACCGUUCAGGUCGAAGGUGCACCCGGGCCUUCUGUACCCGAGCCGUUGCCUCCACCACGCAAUAGCACGAUAACUCGACCAGCACCGCCGAGCCGAUCAUCGUCUUAUAAUCCUCACACACAGGAAGUGCGAUUCAAGGUACACGAUGCAAAAGUAUACACCAAAACUGGCCCAUUGGAAUCCAACGGCUCACGAGGUGGGCCUUCUUCUGCUGUUCCUGUUGCGGUUACCGUGCCUGUCUCUGUACCGGUGCCUGUGACUAUUCCCAUGCCACAGACAUCUGCUACCGUCACUGUACCUGUAGCACCGGCCGAAGAAGAAAUCCCCGCUCACCUGCUCCAAGCAUCUAAGGGUAUCAACAAACUACUCGGCACUACACCAUCGGACAUCGAUAAGUACUCACGGAUCGUUUUUCCCGUUUGCUUCGUCUGCUUUAAUCUGAUGUAUUGGAUCAUUUACCUGCACGUAUCAGAUGUGGUUGCAGACGACUUGGUUUUACUCGGCGGAGAGAAUUAGAUACUGACCACGAAAUUGAACUUGCACCGAAUAAUGACGUCGACGAUAAGGAUACCAAAUCAACGAACCACGACUCGUAUAUUGGCCCUGUGCUUUUUAUAAAUAUAUUCGAAUCUUGCUAUUUGCAAUAUUCCCAAUGACUAAGAAUAAGGGAAGUAAAAAUAAAAAAAAAUGCGCUGAGGAAAUUAAAAAAUAUUAUAAAUAAAAAUGUAUUUAAAGAGUAGUCAUCAUAGUCUAAAAUGUAAUUGACAGUACAGAUCUGAAUCUGUUAGCUAAACUGUUCUAUAUAAACUUAUCAGUAUAGUCUGUAUCUUCGUAAGCAGAAAGCACUAGUAGUUACAAUUUAUUUACUCUUAGAUGGAUACCUAGUUCACUAUUGUAUAAUUAUGAUAACACUCUUCAUUAUUAUUUAAGUAAUUUAUUAAAGCGAAGACUUAUUUAGCGUCAAAAUAUAAUUAAAUCGUAAAUCUAACUUUACUGUAGUCACGUGUAUAAGUAGACAUUAGUUUUACCAAAGUAUAUUUAGAGUAUUAUUCGAAAAUAAAUUUUCGUCAUAUUUUAACCUUAGGUAAAUAAAUGGCUAUUCUUAAUACUCUUUCAUAAGAGCUCAAAACUAUGACUAGUUCUACUGAAAUUAGGUACAAUAAACUGAACUCCAAACGUCAGCAAUUAGUGCCUAUUUUCCUAAGUAUAUCGGAUCACGACCCACGUAGAAAUCACCUAUCCGUCGAUUAGUAGGGUAACGACUCUUUUAUGUCUAGUCCCAAAUGAGUGAUUGACGAGGGAAUAUAUAAUUAUAAUAUGGGUAAUUCGUCUUGUAUAGUAAUUGCCUAGUUUUCUUGGCAUGUUUUU